GCCCUCACCCCAGCCCGAUAUAACUUGCUGUUCAACAUGUACCUGCCAGACACAGGACAUGAUAAUUUGCUGAAGGAAGGGAAGAGUGGGACCUGGGGAGGUAUCAGUCCCGGGGUGCAGAAAGGCAGUGGGCAGAUCCAGCUGUGGCAGUUCCUGCUCGAGUUGCUGUCGGACAGUGCCAACGUGAGCUGCAUCGCCUGGGAGGGCACCAACGGGGAGUUCAAGCUGACGGACCCAGACGAGGUGGCGCGGAGGUGGGGCGAGAGGAAGAGCAAGCCCAACAUGAACUACGACAAGCUGAGCCGCGCCCUGCGCUAUUACUACGACAAGAACAUCAUGACCAAGGUCCACGGCAAGCGAUACGCCUACAAGUUUGACUUCCACGGGUUGGCGCAGAUCUGCCAGCCCUCCAGCACCGAGCAAGCUCUCUACAAGUUCCAAACCAACCUCACCCACAUUCCCUUCGCUGGCAUCCCCAAACUCAACUUAGUCACCUCCAAUGUCUCCCCUUCCAGCUUCUCGUAUUGGUCGGGCUCAGCUCCAACUCUCUAUCCCGGGCAUAGCCUCCAACCGCCUCCGCCCUUCAGCCCAGUCACCACCUCCCACCUGGGCGCCAUCGGUAACCUCGCCAACAUCAACAGCCACUAUCAUUGA